AUGGCAGAAGAUUUCAAGUACGGCGACGACGACUCGGUGCUCCUGGUGCGCCUGGGUGACUACGAGCGGUGCCGCGCAGCGAGCCCCCUGCGCCGGUUCGCGGACGGCGGCGGCGGCACCAGGUUCGCGCUCGCCCGCCCCGGGCUCUUCUACUUCAUCAGCGGCGCGCCGGCGCUCUGCGAGGCGGGCCAGCGCAUGGCCGUGCGCGUCGUGGAUGGCGCACUCCGACCCUCCCUCACCAGCGGCGCCCCGACGCCGGCGCCGGCGCCGGCGCCGGCCCCGGGUACCCAGCCCUCCGACACGCCGCCGUCCGGGCACCGUCGGCUCUCCCUCGCGCACAAGCAGUUCGCGGCGGCGGCGAUUGGGUUCUUGGCCGGAUUUAUUUUGAUCUUUACUAUCCUGCCGUUUGUUUAA